AUGCCAAUCCGUGCUGCCACAAAGGCCGACAUCCCGAUCAUGGCCGCCAUCAUGGCAGCCUCGUUUGGUCCUGACCCCUUAUUCCAAGUGAUGUUUCCGCAUCAGUCUCAAUAUCCCGAGGCAUUUGUGCAGGCCUUUGAAGAAUAUCUGUGGCUUUCCUGGUACGACUACAAGAGGCGUCUACUCGUGUCCUACCAGGAGACCUCCACAGAUGUGAACCAAGGGCAACAACUUGGAGAAACCGAAGAUGUACCUGGCGAGGCGGAGCCACUGCUUUUGCCGAAAGCGAAGUCGAUUGUGAGGAAGAAUGAAGUCCUCACCGGCGUUGCAGAACUGGAGCGAGUGGGCAGUGGAUGGGCGCAUGUCUACGGAAUCUGGGAGAAACUUGAUCCACGUCUUUUGGCCAAGCGCAUAUUGGCCGCAUGUUACACUUUCCGCCGACGCGUCUUUGGCAACAAAGCAGCGGUCCAGGCAACCCCCGACAACGCUUCUCCUCUCACGUACUGGAACUUCCUGCCGUCCGUCGUUCCGUUCAGCGCCCCCUUCUUCAGUGCCCCUCAUCGACAAAUACACUGGUCGCUGGAAAAUCUCGCCGUUCAUCCCGAACACCAGGGGCAAGGUUAUGGGAGCAAGCUUGUCAAGGAAGUGUUACAGAUGGCCAAGAGUGACCCCAUCGGUGAUUUACCCGUCUGUGUCAUCGCUGCAGAUGGUAAAGAAGGGUUUUACGAGAAGUGUGGGUUCAAGCACCUCGUUGGCUGGUUAAGUAGGACAACAGAUCCCCGUGGUCGUGACAAUCCUCUGAGAGCGAACGGUGUCGGCGGGGGGGCUGUGCUUUGGACAAGAUGA